AUGAGAAUUGUAUGUAUUGGUUGUGCUCCAACAACAUUAGGCUUUGCCUAUCGUUUAAAUGAAAUCAUUAAAGAAGGAAUUGAAGAUGUUGACGAUAUUGAAUUAAUUGUUUUGGAGAAGGAAAUGAAACCUGGGGGGCUUUCUGGGACGACAUAA